AUGUCGACACCAGUUCGAUCUCUUCGAGCCGUUCGUUCUAUCCCCAAGCUACGUGGUCUUCAUAGUUCGUCUAAGAAGGCCACCCCCAGCCAUCUACUGUCAUCGAUCCAGAGCCAGUAUUCUGCUCUGACCGUGAACGCACUCAAGACGGAGUGCAAGACUCGCGGGCUGCGGGUCAGCGGCCGCAAGUCAGAACUCAUUGAUCGUAUUGUGGCCUUCGAGGCUACCCAGCAGUUUAGCACUUCCGCACAGGCCAAGACUGUCAGCAGCGAGGUGUCUGUAGCCGCUAAGAAUUUUUCCACCACGGCUUCUGUCGAUGCCAAAAACGACAGCUCGAGCAUUGAUUACUUCCGCAUGCCUGAGGAUGUUCUUGCAGAUGCUCCUGUGGACGAAUUGCCGUCCCGGAUGGUUGUUCCGCCCGACGCACACUACAAAGCCGCCGAGCAUGCACCGCAUAAAGUGAAGCAACGGAUUCCAGACGAGUCUGGCACUGCAGUGGUGUUCGACGCCAGCGGCAGCCGUGUUAUUUCAAACCUUACCGAAGAAGACGGCGCCCCCAAACAGCACCGAGACGAGGAGCCCUGUGAAGACGAGCUCCCCGGCCGGGAUAAGACGAUCCUGUGGGGCCUGGUUGCUGGCGUAGCUGCCUGGUGGACUGGUGGCUCUCUUUUGAGUUCUCGCAAGAACAAAGAGUAG